GCGAUAAUGUUUCCAGAAAUAAUCGAAUCCAACUCAAUUCUUCUGUUUAUUGAUAUUUAUAUUUCAAACAUAAGAAAUCGGCCUUAAAAAUGAAGACGAAGUGAGAACGAGGAAUUAUCAGAAAAUAUGAAACCCUAGUCAUUCCCUAACCCAGCUGUGUUAUCUAGUGUUGACUGUUGAGUAAUUUACCAUGAAGCUCCCUUCUGGAAUCCGAUAUAGUUACUACCAAGGUGAAAGAAAUGAUCAAAAGGCGGUUUUACAAGCUUGAGCAUGGGCAGGGAGAUGGUCCCUCUGACUCAUCCUCAUCUUCCUCUGAAGAAGAUGAACAAUACGAAGAGCAAGAAGUUCAUGAAGAAGAAUAUGAUGAUGAUGAAGACGACGACGACGACGAUGAUGAUGACGAUGAUGAUGAUAAAAAGGAGGCAGUCACUGAAAUGCUGAAGAAAAAUUUGACAGGAUAUAAGAGUGAAGACAGCUCAGAGAAUGAAGCAGAUCUAGACUCACCAGGGUCCCCGACAAGAGGUGAUGAAUCAGAAAAUAAUCACCAUAAAACUGCAGCUGAAGGUUAUAUCCCAUAUGAAAAUUCAACCUACAUUCUGAAAUGUAAAUCUGUUUUCAAGUGCCGGAUAUGCCCCAAAGUCCUCCUCUUGUCAGAGACCUUUUUGAAAGUUCAUCUGGAAUCGAGAAAACAUGCGAGGUCCGAGAAACAACUGAAAGAAGGUAGGCUAAAGCUUAUGCUGAAUGAUGAUGGGAGAAUUGAGGGCCAAGAGGAAGACGAUUCACCAACAAAAAAGGAAAAGAAAGUGCGCAAACCAAAGGAGAAGAAAAGUUUUGAGGGGAAGGGACGGGGGAAAAGAUCACAAAAGAAAAGGGAUACUGGAAGAGCAAAGAACCGGUUCAAGAGAAGGCGAGAAAAUGAGGUCUGAAAUCUGUAAACCAGUGGCAGAACUUCCAUGUUGUUCACAGUGGUUUUUGAUAGAGGUAUCAUUUUGCACUGCCAGACACAUUUCUUUCUCAAAGUAUUAUUUAUUGCAGUACUAAGGCUUGAAUUUUGUUAAUGGUGGUUUAAGAUUUAUUAAGAUUAUUUAAUGAGAUUGUGAUUCUGGAAUUUUGAGGCUUUUACCAUUUACUAGCAAUUUUUUUUUAUCAAUUCUUAAAUCAAAGUUGGACAAAUGU